GGAGCCGCUGCCGAUGGCACGAACGCUGACCCUGCUUGCGUCGAUGAAUUAAUGUCGAUGAUUAUUCUGUCUGCUGGUCGUCGAACGAGUCACCGUUUGGGAGUAAAUUCCACGGGUUCCGUAUCGUCACUGCCAAGGCCUACGAUCUCGAUAUAAAAUGAAUUUCCACUUACAUUCCACAUGGAACAUUUACAGUAAUACGAUACAGUGGGCCGCUGCGCGCAGCCUGGAUGCGAUCCGCGACCGCACAAUCGCGUCCCAAGACUCUCCGGGCUGCACGUUACUGGUCACCGCAGUGACGCUCGGUGAUGGAUGCACGGGCAUUUACCAAAGUCGUUCGCGACAGAGUCAGCCUAGACGAUAGAAGGAUCAGGGUAAAAAAGCAAGCGACUGCGGGGCAAGGACAAAGGAGCGAACGACGAAGGGAGACGCGCGAGAUCCAAAGACUGUCGAGGCGCAGGGAACGAGCGGGGUGGCGUUGAGGCGGAGAAAGAGAAAUGGGGGUGAAAAAGGAAGGGAAAGAGGGCGCGCGGAAAAUCCCUGAAAGAGGGAUGAAAGAAGAUGGAGGAAGCGAAAAACAGAGACAAGAGGCGGAAAAGGGGAAGUAGAUGGCGAGAGAGAGAGAGAGAAAGAGAGAAAGAGAGAGCGGGGGAUUAGAUCUCAGGGUGAGUGGGUAGGAUUGGAUUUGGCAGAGGCGGCUCGUUGGUGGUAGAAGGUGCAGCGUCGGAGAUGGCGGCAGAGGGGCCACGGAGAGUCGGAGACUUCGGUUGGUGUCCGAGCGGUGGUGGGGUUGCGGAUGGGAAACGCAACGGCGAGGGAAGAGGCGCACGGAGAGAGAAGGAGACGCGAGUGACAGAAUAGGUGGUGGUGUAGGUGAACUGGACAACCACCAGAAUACCUCUCGACGGUAUUUAAGGGAGAGUCGCGAGCGUAGCGCGCCAGUCACUACGGCCGAUUGCCUACGCGAGCUGUCCCGCAUGCGGGAGCCAAGUGCACGCGACGAUUCAACGCAGAAAAGGGCGCGAGACCGCCUUUCGUCCACGUGGCCCGAUUUCGACCGACGUUUUCAAUCCCUAUCGAACGCUCGUGCUUUCUCUCGAUCAGUGGCACACAGUUUCAGGACAGUUUCAUAUCAAUUCCAUCCUCGCAACCGUCGAACCGCCCUGGAAUAGCCGAAGAAAGUUAACUGAGAAGCUUGCACUCUUCCUCGAGGAUCUUCGAGUGUCCUUUAAUCGUCCCAUAAGAAAUUCGCUCAUCUCCGUCCGUAAGCGCGGGAGUGUUCGAUCCGUCGAAUAUGAACGAAUGCACAUUCGUUGAGCGAGUCCAACGGGGUCUACGGAGGUGCGUGAUUUAUGGAAGAAUUUGAAACGCCGCGGCCAGGGACACUUUGAAUCUUUUGCUCACGGAUGAGAUGCAGAUGAAGCUGUCACGAAGGGAAGGAAGGCGAAUCGUUUGGAUCCGGUGCCCGAUGCUGCUGGCUUUGGGGCUGCUCCUGGUGUUGUCGGACGCUGGAGCUCUUCGUCAGUCAUCGAACCUCCUGCAAUACAAAAACAACUCGCUAGAACCCGCAAGGAAUCCUCACAGCCGCGGUAUUUCGGUCACCAGGAUCCUCCAGGACGGAGAACUCGAACGAAUCAUCCGCUGGCACGGGAUCUGCGCCAAGGAAACCGUCGUCAACUGGGGAGAUACGGACGUGGCACUGAGGCAAGUCUGGCUACAGGAGACCGGCAGAAGGUUGCAACUGAUAUACGAGGGUGGCACGCUGACCGACUGCGUCGACGAGAAGCUCUCCAAAGGAGACGAGGAUUCCUGCUCAUCCGGCGUGCAGUCCGACGAUUACGAUGCCCAGGCGUCCAUCGAGGUAUUUGAGGUGGACGACGACGCGUCGAGGAUCCCACAUGACCUCUCCUGGCUCUCGUCGAUGUCGGAGUUGCGUCAUCGGUGCGUGCACGUGAGGACAAGGGCGAAGAACCAAGUGAUCGCGCAGCAUCGUCGCAGGAAGUACGCGAAUCUUCCGAACGCGACGAAUACUAGUCACAAACAGAGGAGAGGCAAGAGUCGGUCGCGGAGGGACUUGUUGAUGAUCCCAGGAACUCAAUGGUGCGGCAGGGGUCAUCGUGCGACCAAGUACACGAAUCUCGGCGGUUUCGGUACAGCUGACGCCUGUUGUCGCAGACACGACACCGCGUGUCCUUUCUUCAUACCGGCCUUCGAGACGCGUUACGGCAUCUUCAACUGGGGCAUCUCAAGCAUGAUGCACUGCGCCUGCGACGAACGUUUCCGCGCGUGUCUGAAGAUGGCGGGAACAGCGUCAGCGAACUUCAUCGGGAAAAUCUUCUUCGACGUCCUUCGAACGAAGUGCUUCGUCCUGAAGCCCCAGAAAGUCUGCUCGAAGUGGUCCUGGAAGAGCAAGUGCCAGCGGCACGAGUACCGGAAGCAAGCUCACGUUCGCGACAAUGUUCCUUAUUAAUAGAAAGAGAGACAUUCGAUUAUACUUCCUCUGGAGCAGUGAAAGGGGGGAGAGAUCCAAGAAGAGAAUCGUUCACCUUCUUGUCAAAUGAUCAGCGUCUGAUUUCACGAAUGACAAUACGUAGCGAUCGCAAUAGCAGCGAUUGAGCUUAAGGGAUGUUGCGAGAUUUUCUAGAGAUUUUCCAGAUUCGAUCUCGAGUGCCAUCGUAUGUUCACUUUCCUUUUCAUCGCUCUUCGUUUCGUAAAAGUCUGGACAAAUUGUUUCGGGAUACGUAGACAACGUUUAAUUUCUGUCGUCUAUGUACUCUACUAUCAUAGUCGCUAAUGUCUUAAAAGAUGCCAAACAAAUUAUUCUGUAGAUAAAACAUAACGAAACUAUACAUAUCAAGUAGAGUAAUUUUCCACGCACUGGGAAAACUAGAAGCAAAUCGAUAUUAAGUAGUUCGAUCGAGUCACAUUUCCGCUAACGAUGUUUCUUUUUCGUUGACUGUACUUUGUGUAUGUAUUUGGUAUGUUUGUAGUACGAAUGAUGUAUGCUGUUGGGCGAAUAUCUCAAAUUUUGUAAUAUUUCGAUGGUACAGUUGAAAAGAAAAAUGCUAAAAAAUAUAUAUAUAAAGUAAUAGCGAUAGGUAUUCAAUGAUACGUAUCGUUAAGUCAUUGGAAUAAUUAAUAUUCCUAACUAUCGACAUCGAGAAUUUGAUAAAGAAGGCGAGUCGAAGUAAUUACCCCUUCUUAUAAUAUCAUCACUUUUCUUGUGUCUCGCGUUGCAAGAAAUAUAGUACAGUCUCUGUACUAGUAGGUUUAUCGUUGUAAAUAUGUAUAAUAGGAAAACUGUACUAUUAUCUUCAAUAAAAGGCCACGA